AUGGGACAUUGGAGAAAUAUUUUUACCGCCGAUCCUGGCAGGACCCGGCACCGCGUCGAGGUGGAACGUCGUCGGCUGCUACCGGCAUAUGCCGCCGAUGAGUCUGACACCUCUCGGUCUUCAAAGGAAAUUGCCAAGGUUGCUCUUCGGCUGAAAUAUCAAAUUGAGCAGGUUGUCUCCUGCGAAGUGCAGGAGAAUGUCUUGACCGACCCAAACAGCCGCAUCAUCACGGACGAUGUGGUUGAGACUGCCAAGCAGGCUGGGGGAGACGAAUACAAAGCAUGCGUUGUUUAUUGUCUUCUGGUUUGUCUGCGAUGGUUCAAGAUCCAAUCCUCCGUCGAGCUUUGGGAUUCGGACCUUCACGGGGUUCGGGCUGUGGCUUGCGAGGUCAUCGCCAAGCGCAUUAUCGAAUCGGAGCAGAACCAAGAUUACGUGUUGAGGGACAUUCUACUCAAACGAUACUCUAUCUUCACUGAGGGGGUAGAAACCGAUCCUGCCAAUGUCAUUGAGCGAGCGGUAGAUCUCCAUGCAUUGAGAAUCAUUAGCUCUGCCCCGUACCAGAGAUGCAUCCAGUACCUGUGGAAGGGCUGGAUCUGCCAGGAAGAGGGUAACCCAACUAACUUUGUCGAAUACAGCGAGAAGUCUAACACCGGGUAUUGGGUUCAUUUCCAUCCUGAUCGGAUGCGAACUCCUUUGUAUCAGAAUGUCUGCCAAAUUCUGUUCUCUUUGAUUUACCUUACGGUUUAUACGGCAGUUAUAAAUACCGUGAACCCAAGCGGUGAUGUGGAUGUGGCCGAGGCCAUUCUUUACGGUAUGACUCUUGCGUUCAUCUGCGAUGAGGGGAUCAAGUUUUGGAAGGUUGGAUGGAACUACCUCGAAUUCUGGAAUGCCUUCAACUCAACCCUCUACGCCAUCCUGGCGGUGUCACUUAUCAUGCGUUUCAUUGCCUUGGCACACUCAUCAUCUACACACGAUGAACAAAGGCGGCUAUACAACGAGCUCAGCUACAAUUUCCUGGCUUUUGCGGGUCCUAUGUUCUGGAUGCGUAUGAUGCUCUAUCUUGACUCGUUCCGCUUCUUCGGUGCUAUGUUUGUGGUUCUUCGGGUCAUGAUGAAGGAGAGCUUGAUAUUCUUUGCUCUUCUAUUUGUGGUUAUGGCUGGUUUCUUCCAGGCGUUUGUCGGCAUGGCCCAAGUGGAUGCCGAUAUCCCCCUCCACCGAAACAUUCUCCAGGGAAUGGUAAACACUAUCAUGCAGAGUCCUGAGUUCGACACAUUCCAGGACUUCGCAUUUCCCUUCGGCAUCAUCCUCUACUAUGCUUUCAACUUCAUUGUAAUGACUGUUUUGUUGAAUAUUCUCAUCGCCUUGUACAACAGCGCAUAUGAAGAUAUUUCUGGCAACGCGACGGACGAGUACAUGGCCAUCUUCGCGCAGAAAACCAUGCAGUUCGUCCGCGCCCCAGAUGAGAAUGUCUUCAUCCCACCAUUCAACCUCGUCGAAAUUCUUUUCCUGAUAGCACCAUUCGAGUGGUGGCUUUCGCGGGAGGCCUACGCUAAGCUGAAUGACUUUGUAAUGGGUGUGAUCUAUUCCCCUCUUCUUGUCGUUGCAGCCUGGGUUGAGACCCGUCAGGCGCACAAGAUUCGAUGGAAUCGCCGCCAUGGCGAAGAAGACGAUGACUGUGCUCAGGAAUGGGAGCAUGUCGCUAAGGAGGUCAGUUUUGAUCUUGAUGAUACUUGGAAACAGCAGGUGGUAGAGACCACGGCGGAUAUCAAGGUUGAUAGUUGUACAUAUGAACUCAGAGCGCUGCGGGAGCAGCGCGUCGAGCGGCGAAUCCUCUGGAACCAAAAUUGUAAGGUGGAAGGUGGCUUCAUCUACGAAUCUGGGCCUUUCCUCGAUUGGAUCUCUUCAUUGCUUUCUGGCUUCAUUGCCACCAUGGCAAAGCUCGUGGACGACCCUCAGAUCCAUACUGCCUCGUUGCAUAACCCAAUCCCUUGGCAAUUGCAUACAUACGUCUGGCCUUUCCUGAUUAUCUGGCCCGUGUUCUUCGCCUUCUACCUCUCUCCCGAGCGUUAUGAUACCUACAUUCAGGGACAGGAAUGGACCUUCGUGUUCGCGGGGUCUAUCAUCACAAUUCAGUCGCUCUUUUGGCUAAUGACGAAGUGGAACAUUGAUAUCAACACCCUAUUCACCACUACUCGAGCCAAGUCUAUCGACACUGCCCGCCUUAUCAAAGUGGUCCCCAUCACCAACGCUGGCUCUGCCGAGAUCUGCAAAUUGAUUUAUGAGACUACCGGCCCCAAGAAGACACUUUCGUUCCUCUUCCAGAAGCGCCGCUUCCUCUUCUACCCUGAGACUCGCAACUUCGCACCCUUGUCUUACGUCCUUGACGCCGAACCAAAGCCAACCCUUGAGACUUUCCAGCUGAGCGAGGGCUUCACGUCGAAGGCCGAGAUUGACCGCAUCUACCACCACUAUGGCGACAACACCUUCGAUAUCCCCGUUCCUGGUUUCCUUGAGCUCUUCCAGGAGCAUGCUGUCGCGCCUUUCUUUGUCUUCCAGAUUUUCUGUGUAGGAUUGUGGAUGUUGGAUGAAUACUGGUACUACUCGCUCUUCACUCUCUUCAUGCUCGUUAUGUUUGAGAGCACCGUUGUGUGGCAGCGCCAGAGGACCUUGAGCGAGUUCCGCGGAAUGAGCAUCAAGCCUUAUGAUGUUUGGGUAUACCGUGAACGGAAGUGGCAGGAGGUCACCAGUGACAAGCUUCUUCCCGGUGAUCUCAUGUCAGUGAACCGCACCAAGGAGGACAGCGGCGUUGCCUGCGAUAUUCUCCUGGUUGAAGGCAGUGUCAUUGUGAAUGAGGCUAUGCUUUCUGGUGAGAGUACACCUCUUCUGAAAGACUCCGUCCAGCUCCGUCCGGGUGCUGACCUGAUUGAACCGGAUGGGUUGGAUAAGCUCUCGUUUGUGCAUGGAGGUACCAAGGUCCUCCAAGUUACUCACCCUAACCUUACUGCCGACUCGAGUUUGAAGAACUUGUCCAGCAACGUUACCAUGCCUCCAGACAAUGGCGCUUUGGGUGUGGUUGUUAAGACCGGUUUCGAAACUAGCCAGGGUAGCCUCGUCCGGACCAUGAUCUACUCAACUGAACGUGUCUCUGCCAAUAAUGUUGAAGCACUGCUGUUCAUUCUCUUCCUCCUGAUUUUCGCAAUUGCCGCUUCGUGGUACGUGUGGCAAGAGGGUGUGAUCCGGGACCGCAAACGCUCCAAGCUUCUGCUCGACUGUGUCCUCAUCAUCACCAGUGUUGUUCCUCCCGAGUUGCCUAUGGAACUGAGCUUGGCCGUUAACACUAGUCUUGCUGCUUUGAGCAAGUAUGCCAUUUUCUGCACCGAGCCUUUCCGUAUCCCCUUCGCUGGUCGUGUUGACAUCGCUUGCUUCGACAAGACCGGUACCCUGACCGGAGAGGACCUUGUUGUUGAUGGUAUUGCUGGACUCACUUUAGGUGAGGCUGGUUCGAAGGUCGAAGCAGAUGGUGCUCACACCGAAUUGGCCACUUCCGCUGCUGUUGGACCCGACACCACUCUCGUUCUCGCCAGUGCUCACGCUUUAGUGAAACUGGAUGAGGGCGAAGUCGUCGGCGACCCCAUGGAAAAGGCUACCUUGGAAUGGCUUGGCUGGACUCUGGGCAAGAACGAUACUCUGUCUUCUAAGGGUAAUGCCCCCGUUAUCUCCGGUCGGAAUGUCGAGUCUGUUCAAAUCAAGAGAAGAUUCCAGUUCUCCUCGGCGCUGAAACGCCAGAGUACUAUCGCGACCAUUACGACCAAUGACCGCAGGACUUCCAAGAAGGUCAAGUCUACUUUUGUGGGUGUCAAGGGUGCCCCUGAGACCAUCAACUCUAUGCUAGUCAACACACCGCCCAACUACGAAGAAACUUACAAGCACUUCACCCGCAAUGGUGCUCGUGUGCUUGCUCUUGCAUACAAGUACCUUUCAUCUGAAUCCGAGCUUUCCCAGGGCCGCGUGAACAACUACGUCCGCGAAGAGGUUGAAUCCGAGCUGAUUUUUGCCGGUUUCCUUGUCCUGCAGUGCCCCCUGAAGGAUGAUGCCAUCAAGUCUGUCCGUAUGCUGAAUGAGAGCAGCCACCGUGUUGUCAUGAUCACCGGUGAUAACCCGUUGACCGCUGUCCACGUCGCACGCAAGGUUGAAAUUGUUGAUCGUGAGGUUCUCAUUCUUGAUGCUCCCGAACAUGACAACUCUGGAACUAGGAUUGUCUGGCGUACCGUCGAUGACAAGCUCAAUAUCGACGUCGACCCCACUAAGCCCCUCGACCCGGAGAUCCUGAAGACCAAGGAUAUCUGUAUCACUGGAUAUGCUCUGGCCAAGUUCAAGGACCAGAAGGCUCUCCCUGAUCUGCUGCGCCACACUUGGGUUUAUGCUCGUGUGUCUCCCAAGCAAAAGGAAGAUAUCCUUCUCGGUCUCAAAGACGCUGGAUACACCACUCUGAUGUGCGGUGAUGGCACCAACGAUGUUGGCGCUCUGAAGCAGGCUCACGUCGGUGUCGCGCUUCUGAAUGGCUCGCAAGAUGAUCUCACCAGGAUCGCUGAACACUAUCGGACCACCAAGAUGAAGGAGCUGUACGAGAAGCAGGUCAGCAUGAUGCAACGAUUCAACCAGCCCGCCCCUCCAGUCCCUGUUCAGAUCGCUCACCUGUAUCCCCCUGGUCCUUCCAACCCACACUAUGAGAAAGCCAUGGAGCGGGAGUCGCAGCGCAAGGGUGCCGCGGUCACCGCUCCUGGAGGAACCCCCGAGGCUAUCCCGACUAUCACAUCUCCUGGCGCUCAGGCCUUGCAGGAAUCGAACUUGACCCCCCAGCAGCAGAAGCAGCAGAAGGCCCAGGCUGCCGCAGCUGGCCUUGCAGACAAGCUUACAUCUUCUAUGAUGGAACAGGAGCUGGAUGACAGCGAGCCUCCCACUAUCAAGUUGGGUGAUGCCUCAGUCGCUGCUCCCUUCACCAGCAAGUUAGCCAACGUUAUUGCUAUCCCUAACAUUCUUCGCCAAGGUCGUUGCACCCUGGUUGCGACUAUUCAGAUGUACAAGAUCCUUGCUUUGAACUGCUUGAUUAGCGCCUACAGUCUGAGUGUUAUCUACCUGGAUGGUAUUAAGUUCGGUGAUGGACAGGUCACCAUCAGUGGUAUGCUGAUGAGUGUCUGCUUCCUUUCUAUUUCCCGCGCCAAGUCUGUCGAGGGUCUGUCUAAGGAGCGUCCCCAGCCGAAUAUCUUCAACGUCUACAUCAUCGGAUCUGUUCUUGGACAGUUCGCCAUCCACAUUGCGACUCUGGUCUACCUCUCCAACUACGUAUAUAAGCACGAGCCAAGAGAUUCCGAUAUUGAUCUCGAGGGCGAGUUUGAGCCUUCCCUCCUGAACAGUGCCAUCUACCUCCUCCAGCUGAUCCAGCAAAUCUCCACCUUCUCGAUCAACUAUCAAGGUCGUCCCUUCCGCGAGUCCAUCCGCGAGAACAAGGGAAUGUACUGGGGUCUCAUCGCCGCAUCGGGUGUUGCAUUCUCCUGCGCCACCGAAUUUAUUCCCGAGCUGAAUGAGAAGCUGCGCCUAGUUCCCUUCACCAAUGAGUUCAAGAUGACUCUGACCGUGCUGAUGAUCUUCGACUACGGUGGCUGCUGGUUGAUUGAGAAUGUUCUCAAGCACCUGUUCAGUGACUUCCGUCCCAAAGAUAUUGCUCUUCGUCGUCCCGACCAACUUAAACGUGAGGCGGACCGUAAGUUGCAAGAGCAAGUCGACGCCGAGGCUCAGAAGGAGCUGGAAAGAAAGGUUUAG